UGGCAGCUAUCGGUGUGUGUGGACGGAGCGGAGCUGCAGAGCUGGAGCGGUGAACAGGAGGAGACACACAGAGGGACAGACCCAGGGACACACAGAGGGACAGACCCAGGGACACACAGAGGGACAGACCCAGGGACACACAGAGGGACAGACAGGGACAGACAGCAGCGUUGUGGCGGUGAAACGUGAACACAUCCCGGUGUGUUCGGUCUUUGUCCGGUCGGCUGCUGUGGAAAUAUUUUCUUCUUCUUCAUCUUCUUCAUCUUCAUGGAACGGCCGGAAGCAGCUGAGUGAAGAUCUGAACAGCUCGUCUGACAGGCUCAUCAUCAUGUUGUCUGGGUGGCCCUGCCCCUUGACCCUCUUCCUCUUCCUCCUCGUCCAAUCGGCUGCGUCCUCUCUGUCCGCUGACAACACCACGGACGACCUUCAGGAGGUGACCCUAGCGGCCAUCUUGCCUCUGACUAACACAGAUUACGCAUGGGCGUGGCCUCGCGUGGCGCCAGCGCUCCUCCAGGCGGUGCAGUGUGUUAACUCAGACCCCCGCCUGCUGCCAGGCCUGAAGCUGCAGCUGGUUCAUGGCAACUCAGAGAACCGCGAGGGUUUCUGCUCAGACUACAUUGCGCCACUGGUCGCCGUCGACCUCAAGCUAUUCAACGACCCCUGGGCCUUCAUCGGCCCUGGCUGUGACUACUCGUCGUCUCCCGUCGCACGCUUCACCACCCAUUGGGAUGUUCCCAUGGUGACGGCCGGCGCUCGCGCUAUUGGUUUCAAGUCCUACACAGCGGUCACCAACACUGGCCCCACCCACCAGAAGCUGGGAGAGUUUGGUGCAAAGAUCCAGGACACAUUUGGCUGGCGGCGGCAUACCAUGCUCAUCUUCAGCGACAAGAAGGACGCCAACGACGACCGGCCGUGCUACUUCGCUGUGGAGGGGCUUUUCACGGUGCUUGAGAAACACAACGUCACCAUCCACGACCACAUCAUCGAACCUGACAAUGUCAACUACAAGUUAGUAGUCCAGGAGAUCCGCGACAAUGGCCGAGUGGUGUACCUGUGCUGCUCCUGGGACAUCCUCAGGACUCUGAUGGUUCAGUUCUGGAAGGAGGGCGUGGAGCUGGAGGACUAUGUCUUCUUCUUCAUUGAUCUCUUUGCUGAGGGUCUGGGGGGGCCGGGCCCCAUCAGGCCUUGGUUCAGAGGAGACCAGGACGACUUCGCCGCCCGCCACGCCUUUAGGAGUGUGAAGGUGCUGACCUACCUGGAGCCUCAGAAUCCAGAGUAUCUUCAGUUCGUCGAAACUUUGAAGGACGACGCCAAGAAGAUGUUCAACUUCACCAUCCAGGACUCUCUGUAUAACCUGAUUGCUGCAGGUUUCUAUGACGGCGUCAUGAUGUACUCUCAGGCUCUGAAUGAGACGCUGAGCGAGCAGAGAGGAGGACGAGAAGGAGGAGUGUGGCGUCCCAGAGGAGACGUGGUGACCCGCAGGAUGUGGAACAGAACUUUCUCAGGAGUGAUGGGCACCGUGCAGAUGGACGAGUUCGGGGACAGACAGAUGGACUUUGCCGUGUGGGACACCAUCGACGUAGAGUCUGGAGAGUUCCAGGUAGUGUGUGUUUACAACAGCAGUAUGAAGCAGCUGAUCAUGCAGAGUGGGCGAAGCUUUUAUUGGCCAGGUGGUGCUCCGCCCACAGAUGUUCCAGAAUGCGGCUUCAAGAACGAUGGACCAGCCUGCCUCACGCGUACAGUUACGAUGCAACAGAUGGUUGCCAUAGUGAUCUGCUUUGUCUUUGUCAUCAUUGUUACAGUGACUGUCUUCAUUUACAGGAAGUUGAAGCUGGAGAGUGAGCUGGCGGCUCAGCUGUGGAGGGUUUCCUGGGACGAUGUCCAGAUGUGCAACCUGGAGAAAGUUCUAAGGAGAACCUGCAGUAGACUCACCAUGUCUAUGAAAGGAUCUAACUACGGUUCUCUGAUGACGAUGGAGGGAAACCUCCAGAUCUACACCAAGACUGGAUACUAUAAGGGGAACCUGGCCGCCAUUAAAUACAUCAACAAGAAACGAAUAGAGCUGACAAGGAAGCUUCUGUUCGAACUGAAACAUAUGCGAGAUGUUCAGAACGAGCACCUGACCCACUUCAUUGGCGCCAGCAUUGACCCGCCGAACAUGUGCGUUAUCACUGAGUACUGUCCCAGAGGCAGCCUGCAGGACCUGAUGGAGAGUGACAACAUCACUCUGGACUGGAUGUUCAGAUACUCUCUGAUCACCGACAUCGUCAAGGGCAUGUUGUUCCUCCACAACAGUGUCAUCGUCUCCCACGGCAACCUGAAGUCCUCCAACUGUGUGGUGGACAGUCGCUUCGUCCUGAAGAUCACCGAUUAUGGUCUGGAGAGUCUGCGCACCGCCAGCUGCCCCGAGGACACGCAUGCCUACUACGCACGUAAGCUGUGGACGGCUCCAGAGCUGCUGAGGACAGAGUGUCCUUCCCCCUGUGGGACACAGAAAGGAGACAUCUACAGCUUCAGUAUCAUCCUACAGGAAGUGGCACUGCUGCGCGGCGUCUUCUACCUGGACUCACACACCCUGACACCAAAAGAGAUCGUCCAGGCAGUGCGUCAUGGCGGUGCGUCCCCCCUUCGUCCGUCCCUCUGCUUCCACAGUCACAGCGAGGAGCUGGGCGUCCUGAUGCAGCGCUGCUGGAGCGAAGAGCCGGGGGACAGACCGGACUUCAACACCAUCAAGAUCCUGCUGAGGAAACAGCACCGAGGUUAUGGCUCCAACAUCUUGGACAACCUUCUGUCCCGUAUGGAACAAUACGCCAACAACCUGGAGGAGCUGGUUGAGGAACGAACACAUGCGUAUCAUGAAGAGAAACGCAAAGCUGAGAACCUGCUGUACCAGAUACUGCCACAUUCUGUAGCGGAGCAGCUGAAGCGAGGUGAGACGGUUCAGGCUGAGGCGUUUGACUCCGUCACCAUUUACUUCAGUGACAUCAUUGGCUUCACCGCCCUGUCCGCUGAGAGCACGCCACUGCAGGUCGUGACCUUGUUGAACGACCUCUACACCUGCUUCGAUGCCAUCAUCGACAACUUUGAUGUUUACAAGGUGGAGACCAUCGGUGACGCCUACAUGGUGGUGUCUGGUCUGCCGGUGAGGAACGGGAAGCUCCAUGGGCGGGAGGUGGCCCGGAUGUCUCUCGCUCUGCUGGACGCCGUAAAGAGCUUCAGGAUUCGACACCGAGCCAAUCAGCAGCUGCGGCUGCGCAUCGGCAUACACAGUGGUCCGGUGUGUGCAGGUGUGGUCGGUCUGAAGAUGCCCAGGUACUGUCUGUUUGGAGACACCGUCAACACAGCGUCACGCAUGGAGUCCAACGGAGAGGCUCUGAGGAUCCACGUGUCGGAGGCAACCUGUCAGGUCCUUCAGGAGUUCAGCUGCUUCCAGCUGCAGCUCAGAGGAGAGAUCGAGAUGAAGGGGAAGGGACGCAUGAGGACGUACUGGCUGCUGGGAGAGGACACCACUGCCUGACGGAGGAGGGGACGGAGGAGAGAGGAGAGAGGAGAGGACGGAGGAGAGAGGACAGAGAAGAGGAAAGAGGAGAGGACAGAGGAGAGGACAGGUGAGAGAGGACGGAGGAGAAAGGAUGGAGGAGAGAACAGAGGAGAGGACGGAGGAGGGGACAGCAGAGAGGACAGAGGAGAGAGGACAAAGGAGAGGACAGAAGAGAGAGGACAGAGGAGAGGACGGAUGAGAGGACAGCGGAGAGGACAGAGAAGAGAGGACAAAGGAGAGGACGGACGAGAGAGGACAGAGGAGAGGACGGAUGAGAGGACAGCGGAGAGGACAGAGGAGAGGACGGAUGAGAGGACAGCGGAGAGAGGACAGAGGAGGGGACGGAGGAAUAAAGAAUUAAAAACUAAAGUUAAAGGUCUUCCUGCUCCUCUUUCAGGUCAAAGGUCAGACAGACACAACCAACCAGCUGAAAUUUCACCCCUCUUCCUCCUCUCUGAUUGGACGCUGACCUCUGACAUCAUUUAAAGGGACAGUUCAGGUUUUCAGAAUUUUUUUGAGCAGAAACUCAGACACACGAAUGUUCGACUGUAAAAAUAAAUCAUUUCAAAUCA